AUGUCCAAACCCACCGCGCCGCCCGCCCAGCUCACGCCGCAGUUCUGCUUCAACACACGGAUCCUGCGCGACUUCCUGCGCCUGUCGCGCGCCAGCAUCGACGACAGCAUCUCCACCAACCUCAACGCCCUGAUCACGCCGGCGACCACGUCGCCCUUCGACCCCACGUCCACCACGGUGCGGAACCCGUCGCUCCCGUCGUCCCUCACGCGCGCACCCAUCCCCCGCGACACCAGCCGGACGUUUCUGCACUCGGUGCUCUUCCCGUCGUGGAAUGCGCGCUCGGACGUGAUCGCCUACUGCACGAGCGUGGCCACCAGCCCGGAUCCCAGCGACCCGGACCUGAUCGCGCGCGAGGCCCUGAAUCGGCGCGACGCCGAGCGCAUCGUCGACGAGCGCCUGGACCCGUACUCCGGGCGGUUCUUCCCGCCCGCGUCGCGGGCCGAGAUGCUGGCCGACGUGCUGCGGAACGAGAGCGCCGUCGAGAAGAUCGUCCGGGCGCGCACGUGGGGGAUCGUCCAGGAACGGUGCGAGGGCGUCGAGGAAAGUACCUGGGAGGAGGCGGUGAAUAGGUGGCGAGAAGGAGAGGGGAAGAGGUGA